AUGCCUGCCAGGUCCCAGCACCAACCCCAUAAAACGAACAAUGCCCGCCACGCGCGUACGACUUCCUGGUCGAGUGGCUAUAACCAUCUAACCCAGGGAUCCGGCAACGUGGGCGAAUCGUCCGACUCUCAACCCCCUCGCCGCCGCCGCGAGUCCAACAUCUCCCUCGCCAGCGUCGACGAGGCCCCCUCCACUCCUGACUCCUCCGGCCCCGAUGCCCCCGACAUGAUCAGGAAUACCUCCAUGGAUCUGGACGUCCGCAAGAGCGCGCACCAUGUGCGCUCCCGCUCCCAGAGCCAGGCGCAGGUCGUGGCUCUGCAGGAGUCGGAAAUCCCGGCUCAUCCUCCCGUCCACGCUCGUCCCGCCCCCGUCACCUGGAUGUCCUUGCCGCGGAAGGGUCAAUUGGCUCUGCUCGGUCUCUGCCGCGUCUUCGACUUCCUCCAGAUCGCCUCGCUGCAGGCCUACAUGUUCUACCAGCUGAAAUCCUUCGACGAGAACCUCUCCGAUUCUGACGUCGCGACCCAGGCCGGUAUCCUCCAGGGCGCCUUUACCGCCGCCCAGUUCGCGACGGCCAUUCCCUGGGGUCGCGUGGCCGAUGCCGAAUGGGGUGGUCGCCGCUUUGUGCUGCUGGUCGGCCUGGUGGGAACCGCCGUCUCGUGUCUGGGUGUGGCCUUUUCGACCUCCUUUGCGCAGGCCGUCUUUUGGCGGUCGUUUGGUGGCGCCAUUAAUGGUACCGUCGGUAUUAUUCGGACAAUGAUUGCGGAAAACGUGAAGGAAAAGAAAUACCACUCGCGUGCGUUCUUGAUUCUGCCUAUUGGCUUCAACGUCGCUUCUCUGUUCGGACCUGUAAUGGGUGGUAUGCUGGCCGAUCCCGUCAAGAGCUACCCACGCUUAUUCGGCCCCAACUCCUCCUUUGGCGGCGAGAAUGGCGUGCAAUGGCUUGAGAAGUACCCGUACUCUCUGCCCAUGCUAGCCAACUUCUUCUUCCUGGGCACCUGCGCGUGCUUGGUUGGCUAUGGCCUGGAGGAGACCCUUCUUGCUUGCAAGGGCAAGCCGGGCAUUGGCUCAUUUAUCAUGAAGUUCAGCGCGCGCACCGUGCGAAGCGUUGUCGGAACGUCCUCGCCCAUCUACUCGAGACUUCCGUUCCGCGACUACGACGAGGAUGGCCCUCUGCUCAGCAGUACUCUGGACCGCUCCGAAAGCUACGAGCUCGAGGAGAAGGCUCGCCCCGUCCGUGUCAAGCGCGUUUUGCCGUUCCGCAGAAUCUGGACCAAGAACGUCUGGUGCACGCUUCUGGCCCAGGCUUUCUUCGAUUUCCAGAUGGGUGCUUUCAACAACCUUUGGCUGCUUUUCUUGUCUACCCCCAGAUACGAUCCCAAUGACCCCGCUGCCCCGGUCCAAAACCUUCCCUUCAGCUUCACCGGUGGUCUGGGCAUGCUUCCUCAGAGUGUUGGUUUCGCGACCGCCAUUCUGGGUGUCAUUGGCAUGUUCCUUCAGUUCACCAUCUACCCCUCCAUCAACGGACGACUGGGCACAGCCAAGAGCUACCAGUACUUUCUCUCUCUCUUCCCGCUGGCAUAUGCUCUGGCACCCUAUAUCUCGCUGGCUCCGUCUACCAUCCCGCCACCUGGACAGGCCAACGGCCCUUGGGUUUGGUUGUGGAUUAUUAUUGUCCUCUUCCUGCAGGUGACGGCCCGAACCUUCACCCUCCCGACCUCAAUUAUCCUCUUGAACAACUGCUCUCCGCAUCCCUCCGUCCUCGGCACGAUCCACGGUAUCGGACAGUCUGUCUCGUCAGCUUUCCGAACCAUUGGCCCCAUUUUCUCAGGCGCCUGGUAUGGUUACGGUCUGGACAUUGGCAUGGUCGGCUUCGCCUGGUGGCUUGUUGCCCUGGUGUCCGUCUUUGGCUGUGCCGCUGCCGUCUUUGUGUACGAGGGCUCUGGUCAUGAGGUCCUUCUUCCUGGAGAGGAGGACGAGUACCAAGAGCACUGA